AUGCUUAUACUGUGUCCUAUGGGGGUCACAUACGAGAGAAAGGCUCCUGAAGAGCGCUCAGGGUCGACUACCAGUUUGCCGGAGUAUGCCGAACUAGCAGCCCACAGUGAUGGACCGCCGAGCUCUACCCUCUCGGACUUAUCAAGACGAGAUUCUUUGGCAUCCUUAGAUCAAGUCUUUGACGGGCUCAUACCUGUUGAGGACAAUGGGAGAGUCACCCUUACUGUUGGGAAGGACGCCGCCAGGUUGUACAGCCAACUUGUUCAGGAUUUUGAGUAUCAAGAAUCUCAUGAUGAUCCACAACCCGAUGUCCUUCAAUACGCAGCGAAGGCAUCUCCUCGAAGCUUGAACAUUGUGCUCCAAGUCGUGGGAUCGCGAGGCGAUGUGCAGCCCUUCCUGGCAUUGGGCAAAGGUCUCCAGGAAUUUGGUCAUCGAAUACGACUUGCGACACAUCCAGUCUUCCGCGACCUUGUUGAGAGUCAUGGCAUCGAGUUUUUCAGCAUAGGGGGCGACCCUGCCGAGUUGAUGGCUUACAUGGUGAAGAAUCCUGGUCUGGUACCGAAGUUUGCAGCUGUGCGGAAGGGCGAGGUCUACCGCAGGAGACGAGCGAUCCGGGACAUGUUACGAGGAUGUUGGAGAUCUUGCUUUGAGCCAACGGACGGAUACACUCCAAGAACUAUACCGUCAAGGAUCUUCAGCAACAAGACUAAGAAGUCAUCCGACCGUGCUACGGAACCACGACCUUUCGUUGCAGACAUGAUUAUUGCCAACCCUCCUUCCUUUGCACAUAUCCAUUGUGCAGAGAAACUGGGUAUACCGGUUCAUAUCGUGUUUACCAUGCCAUGGUCACCCACAAGGGAAUUCGCUCACCCACUUGCUGAUGUCAAGUCGUCUGAAACCGAUGUUGCGUUGGUACACUACCUGUCAUACUUCCUGGUCGACGCAAUAAUCUGGCAGGGACUGGGGAGCGUGAUCAAUCGUUUUCGAUUCAAGGUGCUUGGGCUCCAAACCAUUCAUCCGACUUUAGCUCCCGGAAUGAUACAUCGUCUGCGUAUACCUCAUUCCUAUUGCUGGUCGCCUCAUUUAUUUCCCAAACCACGAGACUGGGCCCCUCAUAUUACGGUGCCAGGCUAUUUCAGUCUACCUCGUCACACAGACUAUUCUCCACCCCGGGCACUUCAGGACUUCCUCUCCUCUGGCCCUCCCCCGAUAUUCGUUGGGUUUGGCUCUAUCGUGGUCGAUGACCCAAAUAAAUUGACGAUGACCGUACUGAAAGCCAUAGAGUUGAGUGGUGUUCGCGCAAUCAUUUCCGGCGGUUGGGGCAGCCUCAAUGCGGAGGCAUUGGCCGCCAGCAGCAAUGAUGACAACAUAUUCUUCCUCCGAAACGAUUGCCCUCACGAUUAUCUCUUCCAGUACGUCUCGCUGGUGAUUCAUCAUGGCGGUGCUGGUACGACCGCAGCGGGUAUAGCUGCUGGCCGGCCUACGAUAGUUGUUCCCUUCUUUGGGGACCAGUUUUUCUGGGGCUACAUGGUCCAUCGGUCAGGUGUUGGUCCGGCUCCAAUCCACAACCACAACCUCACUUCAGAGAAUCUUGCAUUGGCUAUCAGUGCAGCUCAAGAGCCCCCAAUGCAAAGCCGUGCAUUGGCGUUUAGCAAGAGGAUUCAGUCUGAGAACGGUAUCGACGCUGGUAUCAGCUCAAUACACGCUCAGCUACCCAGAGCCACAUUUACACCCUGUGCUCUCUUUCCGGACCGCGUGGCCAGCCUGCAAUCUACGAUCAAGAUCAAGAGCAACUCGGACCCCAAAUCCAAGCAAAAACAAUCGCAAGAAAUAUAUCUAAGCCCUUUAGCGGCCACAUUUCUCCGCAAGCACCAACUUAUAUCAUCAUCCACAUUCGACAACAUGAACAUGCACCGGCCGACAGAGCACAAUAUUGCUUCGGGACCCUUCGACCCCGUAUCUGGCGCGGCCUGGGCGGUUCUAGACCUACUGUACGACGCCUUCAAGGGCAUGGGCGAGAUGCUCACCGAAGUCGGACACAUCCCAUACCUGGGCUUCAAAGCUGUCGACAAGGGAAUCGAGUCUAUCCGCUCGACACCGCUACCGCCAACAUCAGCAACAUCCCCCUCUGUCACCCCAACAUCCUCUUCUUCGUCUUCGACAAGCCAUCUCCCCGGUGGCUACUUCGUCAAAGGCACACUCCGGGUGUGCAAAGCGUCCGCCCGAGCACCUGGCGCCUUUGCCUCCGCCAUCGCGUCUGGCGCGCAUAACCUGCCGCUGCUGUACAAUGACCCGACCGUGCGGCCGACGCCGCGCAUCACGGGCAUGAGUUCGGGGCUGAAGGCUUCGGUUGCAGAGCUGGGGUUCGGGCUCUACGACGGACUUGUCGGAGUGGUCACACAGCCGAUCAUGGGUGCGAUCCAUCCACAUGCUGCACUGGAGUCGAAAAGAACGCGGGACAAUCCUGGGGACAAUCCGAAGGGCAAGGAGGUGGCGGUGGAGCAGGAGAUUCCGCCUUGGACGGUCGGGGCUGGAGCGCUUGGUUUCGCAAAGGGAUUGGGACGGGGUGUCGUCGGCAUGCCGAUUAAGUUCUUUGCGGCCGCCGGUGGCAUCGUCGGGUACCCGCUCCAGGGCAUCGACGCGGAGAUCACAAAGGCGUGGAAAGGCGACGAUAUGAAGGAAGUUCGGAAGCAGAGGAAUCUACAAGGCGAAAAGGAGUAUUUUGACGCCGCGUUCACGAGCGAGCAAAUCAGAGAUGUGACGAUCCGGUGGAACGCCAUUGUGGAUGGGUCUGUGAUGAGGUGA